UCUAAUCCACUUAUACUUGUGCUGGGAACACUAGCUUUUUGUCAUUUCGUCCUUUCUCAUUUUAUAUUUAACAGCAGCAAACUAGCACAUUGGUUAUGUACGCAUAUGUUCCCUGUUACAGUCGCUAAGAAAGCACCGCUUUCUGUCUUCAUAUGCUGCUGACCUUGUCUGUUUACAGCAGGUAGCUAACGUUAGCUCAGCGCUAACCUAGCCUCACUGUUAGCUAACUGUGUCUGAGAGCUCGCUUAGUGCUCGUGUUUUUUCUUUACUCACCCUGUUUUUGUCGCGUUUAUCAUGGAAGAUGAGGCCUUCACUGACAUUAAUGGCAAAGCAAUAUCUCUGGACUGUCAGAGUCACUCCAGCUUUUGCAGAGAGUUCAUUGUCAGCUCCUCCAAAGUGUCCAUCGGCAAGGUGAUGGUGUACACUUGCUCUGUUUGGCUUUUAUCAUACGCUGUGUUCUUCUUCACUGAGAACACUGCUGUUCUUUCCAGUGCUAUAGUCAUCACCCUGGUUGGCAUGAUGCUGCACAUCCACUUUGUGAAGGUGGACCACGAAUCCCUGCUUGUCAUUGGGUCCUUAGGCAUUCAGGUGUCCUCCAACUACGCCUCAGGCCGUGAGACCACCACUUUCAUUGAGAUGAGCAAGAUCAAGGAUAUUGUCAUCAAUGAAGCAAUUUACAUGCAUCAGAUCAUUUACUACCUUUGUGUACUGCUCAAGGACCCUUCAGAACCUAAUGCAGUGUCAAACGUUGUGCCAUUGUUCCAGAGUUCAAAGCCGAGGCUUAACUGCUUGGUGAAGGUUUACAAAAGCUGUCAGGAGAUUCUUUCAAAGUGCUGAUGACACACAUUCAUACAUGCAGCAUACUUUUUAUAUUUCUUUUUUUCAAGUCAUUUUCUUUUCAUUGAAUGGAAGCAGAAAGCAGGUAUGCCUCCCUCCAUCCAUCCAUUAGCUAUAAUGUUUAUCCUUUGAGGGUUGGUUGUGUCAUAAUGACUCAAUGUUGUAGUUUGUUGUGUAGUUACUUGAAUAACUUAUAGCACUGGUCAUAGACUAUUGUUUAAACCUAAAGAGCCAAACUUUUUAACUGUCACUGUAUGAAAAUGAAUUAAAAACAGUUUUGCAUUGAAACUUGAAUUGACUAAUUAAUCCUAAUAAUUUUUCUGUAUUUUACACUGUAUUUUUUGAUAAAAAUAAAUUUGAUUAAACAAAAUAAUUUGUG